AGUGGACAUGUCUAUCAAAAUCUCACUUGAUGGUGUGACUGAAGAAGAAGUCAUACGGUGGUACUCUAUCGGCACCCUUCUCUCAGUCUGGGGUCAUAAAGAUCAAUUGGAACCCAGGACUCCCACUGAAAAUCGGUGGCUUACUGAAAAAUGGGGAACUCUUAUGAGGUGUCAAGCUUUCAGGGAUGAGAAAUGCAAAGACAUGAAUUCCUAUGCAGAAGAGGCCAAUGUGGAUUACGAUGACAUCGAAAGCAAAUCAGACAUGUCUGACAAUACAUUUGCGAAGAGUGUUGGAUCUUUGUCAAGUAACCCUUUUGGCAGUACAUCUCAACCAGGAGAACCUUGUAGCAGGGUAUUGUCAACUUACUCCUUUUUUCAGAGCUGA